ACCAAUUAACACUCUACUUCAAAAGAAGAUAGUCUAGUUUUUUUCGAACUCGAAGAAGAAGGUGUGUGUUUGUACUUUGUUCCUCAUGGAGGCAACUCUUCUCAGCUCGCACCACUUCCAUCCUCAACUCUUUCCCAUAAAACCCACCAAAAUCCCAGGUGGACAUGCGGAACGUGGUCUGCAAUUUUGUAAUCCACUGUUUGCCAAAACCCAAGUUACCUUUAAGAGAAAUCCUUUGGAAUCCCAUAGGAGGCAUUUCCUGUUCCAAAACAAGCCUUUCUUCUCCAAAGUGAACAAAAAAUUCUGUGUUAAUUUCUCAGAUCAGCUCCGAAGUGACUAUGUGAAUGUUGAUGCUACAUCUACAGCAUCUCAAAAUUUUAAUGUUGUACCUCUGAAGCCUGAUGAUGGGGCAGAUACUCUUAGUUUGCUUGAGAUUAAUAACACUAAGACUGUACAGCACAUACCCAAAAUGUUUAAAAAUAGGUUUCUAGAUUUUGUACGGCUGAGUUCUGUCCUGAAUAAUGCUGCUGAAUCAUUUUUCAAGAGCGAGAUACGUCGUAGGUUAUUUGUGACAGCUGUACUAAUUAUAAUUAGUCGUGUUGGAUAUUUCAUUCCUUUACCUGGAUUUGAUAGAAGAUUGGUACCUCAAGAUUACCUCAGCUUUGUCUCAGGCUCUGUUGAUGAACUUGGUGAUUUCACAGGAGAGCUUAAGCUGUCGCUUUUUCAGCUUGGGAUCAGUCCUCAGAUAAUAGCAUCAAUUAUCAUGCAGGUACUCUGUCAUGUAGUUCCCUCCUUAGUAAAGCUACGGAAGGAAGGCUUAGAUGGCCAUGAGAAGAUUAAGAGUUAUAUAUGGUGGAUGUCUCUUGGCUUCGCAAUAUUGGAGGCUGUGAUAGUUGCUUGCUACUCACUUCAAUAUUCAAUUUACGCAGCUAGUCAUAGGGUCAAGCAUGUGAUGGUAACGGCUCUUUUAUUGGUCUGUGGUGCAAUGACUACGACAUGGAUCUGUGAUACCAUAUCAGAAUCUGGAUUUGGUCAAGGUUCAUCUCUAAUUAUAUGUGUGGGAAUAUUGACGGGCUAUACGGAAACAUUAUACAAAAUGCUGUCUCAGCUCUCAGGAAGUGCUGUCAGUUGGUGGCCCUAUGUACUUGCAGUGUUGGGUAUUUUCACUGUGGUCACUAUGUGGGCAGUUGUGGUAACUGAAGGUUGUAGGAAAAUUAAGCUGCAGUAUUAUGGUUUCAAACUUGCUUCUGCUGCAAGAGAGGACUCCCCAGUCACUGAAGUGGAGCCCUAUAUCCCUUUCAAUAUUAAUCCAUCAGGAAUGCAGCCCGUCCUUACUGCCACUUACCUCUUGGGAUUUCCCAGCAUUCUUGCAAGUCUCCUUGGAUCACCUUUCUGGGAGCAUGUGAAGGAGAUAUUGAACCCCGAAACUUCUCUUGGUGCAAAGCCUUGGGUUUACUAUACAAUAUAUGCGUUUUUUGUCUUCUUAUUUAAUAUAUUUGACAUUGCCAACUUGCCAAAGGAAAUUGCUGAUUACUUAAAUAAGAUGGGUGCAAGGAUACCAAACAUAAAACCUGGGAAGGCUACCAUAGAAUACCUCACAAAGAUUCAGGCAUCGACACGCUUUUGGGGAGGCCUGUUGUUAAGUUUGUUGGCAACUACAUCAACCAUACUAGAUCAUUACUUGCGCCGUAUAAAUGCAGGAUUUGCAAUUGGGUUCACAUCUGUCUUGAUCAUUGUGGGUUCCAUUAUUGAACUUAGAAGAUCGUACCAAGCAUAUAAUGUAAUGCCAACUUUAAGCAAAGCUCUAAGACGGUAUGGUGUAUAACUUCCAUACCUUCCAACAAGGCCACGCUUCUUCAUCAUUGGGUGGUGGUGCCCUUUUUACUCAUAAACUUCAAAGGAAAUCCUGCCCAGUUGAUACUGCCAGAUGGUAUACAAAAACCCCUUUUGUUAGUUCCAGAGAUUCUCCAAAUGGUUAUGGUUGAGGGAAGCUGAUGCUCCUAGCUUCAUGGGUGUUUCUAGUUUAGAGGAACAGCUGAUGUUACAAGAAGUCGUGAGUUCAAACCCUAUUACAUGUGUAACUUAUCAAUAAAAAGGAAGAGAGAAGAAGCUGAUGUUGCAAUAGGGAAGAGCAGGUUAUGAAGCCUCGUUUUUGCUACAUGGUUUAUGCAUCUUUUAGACAAUGUUAAAGUCGGAAUGAGUUUUAAUUAGCCAAUAGUUUUAUCUAAGCGCUGGAUACUUGGGCCGGCAUAUUCAGAUUUUACACACAUAGAAUCUGUAUUGUAACGAAUUAGUUAUAUGUAAAUUAUUUUUAGUCUUCUUGGUGAGCAUCAUAUAAUGUUAUGUCAGAAGUGAAGUUCAUUUUCUUCAA